AUGAAGUUUUUCAUCAGUUUUCUGAUCAUUAAUGUAUUCAUUAUUGAUGGUGUACAAAAUGUACCUGUCAUCCAUCCAAUUCAUGUUCAAACAGUUCCUUUACAUCCGAUAACUGUUCGAUCUACAUCUGCUGAUUUGACAACUCGAAAUCCCAUUAUAUCACCUAUCAUUACUACCCGUCCUUCGCAACAUCUAUGGUGGUUUUGGAGUAGUUCUACUCAUUUUACCAAUCUGAUUUCAUCUUCAAGUAUAUUUACGAUUCAUUAUCAUCGUUCAUCAUGGUGGGACAAGGCAUAUCCCACAGUGAAAAUUAUUCUUUAUAUUUUUCUUGGUUUGGUUGUAAUUGCUGGUACAUGUAAAAUUCUCGAAAAUCUUUGCUGUUCACCGAAGCAACAAAAACCAUCCAAGAAAAGUAGAUCUUUUGUAGUACAGAAUAAAAUGUGUGUAUCUACAAUUGAUGGUACACGUGAAGCAUCACCACCAUCAUAUGUAGAAGUUCAUGAUGUUUGA